GAAGAAGAAGAAGAAGAAGAAGAAGAAGAAGAAGAAGACAACGAAGAAGAACACGAACAAAACGACGAAGAAGAAGAAGAAGAAGAAGAAGAAGAAGAAGAAGAAGAAGAAGAAGAAGAAGAGAAGAAAGAAGAAGAAGAAGAAGAAGAAGAAGAAGAAGAAGAAGAAGAAGAAGAAGAAGAAGAAGAAGAAGAAGAAGAAGAAGAAGAAGAAGAAGAAGAAGAAGAAGAAGAAGAAGAAGAAGAAGAAGAAGAAGAAGAAGAAGAAGAAGAAGAAGAAGAAGAAGAAGAAGAAGAAGAAGAAGAAGAAGAAGAAGAAGAAGAAGAAGAAGAAGAAGAAGAAGAAGAAGAAGAAGAAGAAGAAGAAGAAGAAGAAGAAGAAGAAGAAGAAGAAGAAGAAGAAGAAGAAGAAGAAGAAGAAGAAGAAGAAGAAGAAGAAGAAGAAGAAGAAGAAGAAGAAGAAGAAGAAGAAGAAGAAGAAGAAGAAGAAGAAGAAGAAGAAGAAGAAGAAGAAGAAGAAGAAGAAGAAGAAGAAGAAGAAGAAGAAGAAGAAGAAGAAGAAGAAGAAGAAGAAGAAGAAGAAGAAGAAGAAGCUUUAACACUAUCAAAGGAGUGACGAUCAAUGUACGUAUUUCCGGAAUUAGUGAAGAUAAUGAAGAAACAGAAGAAGUGUUGGAUGAGAAGAUGGUUGAACUAGCUUCGAACAUGGGUGGCGAUCAUCGUCUCCCUGUAAACACCGAGAUCGGGAUCCACCACUCAUUGUUCGGUUCAGCAGUAGGAAGAAGAGGAAUGAUAGUUUGAGAAAGAAAGCUAACUGCAGGAGGCCCGUUCCGUGGCAAACUUGAGGCGGGUUCACACGUGCCAAUUUGCGAAUGAAAUUGCAAGUCGGUAGAGUUUCAGACUAAACAUCGGUGCUAGCGACUGGAGAAACCAAUCGCAAUACAAGACCAACAAAAUCUUGCUCAGUCGAUUUGCGACUUUAUUUACGUUGUGACGUCAGGGAGUAAGUUUUGAAAAUGUGGUCUCCAGGUGUAGAGAAGAUGUUAGAGUUGGUGAGGCAAAAAGAACACAUUUGGGAGCCCACAAAUUAAUUAUACAGUAAGACAAAGCUUGCGCAAAUCGUUGCUCGACCAAAUAGGUGGUACUCUCCAAGAAGUGUUUCCCUCAAUGCAGGGUGUUGUUGGAGGUGAGGAUUGAACACUUGUCAGGAUUUCAUUGGAUCGCAAUUGUGCAUAGUCUUCUUAAGAUUAGUGUGUGGUAGAUACUGCUUUCUUUCCUUCUACUUAGCCUGGGAUGAAUCCACAGGCAUUUUCUUUCCUGUUGACUCUUCUGGUAAGUGCUUCUGCAUCGUCACUAGAGCAAGACAUCUUGGCGGGUAGCUGUUUGUUUACACGCACUUUCCGCCAAGGCGCCAACUAGUCGAUACUUUCCAGUCGUUAUGUGUGACAGGUUCCGAAUAGAAAGGCUCAGUUUUAAGAGAAAUGUCGUUAUA